AUGGUUGUUAACAUCACCGCCGAAGAUCCUCAACCUACCAUCCACAGCCACAUCAAUGGCACUACGGAAGAGAUCUUGGAUCGGCUAUGUGUCACCGAGCUCCUGAAGGGAUGGCCGGUAUACCGAGAUGCUUCUGAAUGGGCUCACUACCGAAACUGUUUCGCCGAACAGGCUUAUAUCUUUACCACAUGGAGCGGCGGCAUGCCGAUCGACGAAUUUAUCGAAGUCUCCAAGAAGGGCCGUCGAAACGGCGACCAUAUCAUGCACCGCGAAAACGGCACUCUCGUGGAGCUGAACUCCAAGACAGGCCGUGCUGUCGGGAAAAUGAAGGCCACUAUCACCCAGCGCUUCUCGUUCGAUGGCAUUGAGUUUGAUGUUGAAUGUGACUGCCGCUUCAUCAUGUGGUGCCAGAAGGAUCCGGCCGGGUGGAAGGUCCACUACAAGCGUUUGUUCUAUGAGAAGGAUAAGAUCAUGCCUGUGGAUGGCAAGCAUGUGCCCGAUUUCUCGGAGGAGGAGCUUAAGCCGUAUCCGUAUGGAUAUAGGUAUCUAGGUGCUUCUCAGGCGAAAUUGGGACACAAGAUCAAACUGGAUUUGCCGACGAUGGAGGAUAAUGAUAAGUUCCGGGGCAUGUAUGAGGCUAUGGAGAAGUGGUUGAGGGGCGAGGAUAUCAAGGAGACCUUGGGUAUUCCGGUGUAA